AUGGCCCUCGGCGGUCCCUUGCUACUGAGUGACAUAUACCUUGUGGUUGCAGACGACGAACUGGAGUUGGCCAGGUCUGCCUUGACCUCACAUGGUUUUGACGAGCUGCCCCAGACACACCAGCGGUUUUUCUUCCCUGCAACCAAGGAAAGUCCGACAGGGUGGCCUGGCUAUCGGUUUUUACCUCACGAAGUCGGUCCUGACGAUGGUCCCGAUAGGUACUGGGCCACAAGCACCAUUAUCAUGCCAGCAUCUUUUUGGCAUCUUGAUCUGAGUCCAGGAUCCUGGACGACAACCACAUUCCUUGUUCCGGACACGGCGUACCGUUUCCCAUGCAGGCUAGCUUAUCUUCGAGCAAUGAUUGAUGUUAUUGCUGAGCGCCAUGGCGUUGAGGAGCUGAACAGUCAAAUUACCUCCUACUUUAAAAUCCAAUAUUCUUACCUGAGUGUCCUGGGCGAUGUUCUUGCAUGUCUUCCAGUCGAGGAUCAAUUCUUCGUCGACUUAUUCGGCAAGGUCAUUCUCAACAGCGCAAAGAAGAAGGUCUGUUAUUUCCGACAGCAGAUCCGAGCCGGUCUUAUAACUCCUGAAAAGGCAAGGACCCUCGUACCCAGAAAGGAUCUGGAGGUCGCAGCCAUAAAAGCAAAGUACAGCAAGCUAGGCCAAAACGCCAACGGUGGGAAACCUGCUGUCAGAUUUCUAUUUCACUUCCCGCAUCCCUCAACGUCAAGCAGCAAAUGA